AUGGAUGACAGUAAGGUGGUUGGAGGCAAAGUAAAGAAGCCUGGUAAACGUGGUCGAAAGCCAGCCAAAAUCGACUUGAAAGCAAAACUUGAGAGGAGCCGGCAGAGUGCAAGAGAAUGCCGGGCCAGAAAAAAGCUGCGGUAUCAGUAUUUGGAAGAGUUGGUAUCCAGUCGAGAAAGAGCCAUAUGUGCUCUCAGAGAGGAACUGGAAAUGUACAAGCAGUGGUGCAUGGCAAUGGACCAAGGAAAAAUCCCUUCUGAAAUAAAGGCCCUACUCACUGGAGAAGAACAGAGCAAAUCUCAGCAGAAUUCAAGCAGGCACACCAAGGCUGGGAAGACAGAAACUAACAAUUCCUGUGAGUAUAAUGGGAGAAUUUAUAUUUAG